CCUUGGCCCAUGGUCCCCACCUGCCCUCUCUGGAGCGUUCCUGCAGUUCCCUGCCAGGCCAUUGGUGUGGUUAGAGGUAGGAAGGACCAGUGGCUCCAUGCUGAGUCAGUCACAGCAUCCUAGAAGCUGUUGUCCCGGCUGACCCCGGGUUCUUCACAGCUCCACUCAUAUGCUCCAGUACCAGGCUUGGCGUGAUUGUCCCAGCCCCAGGCUGACCUACUGCAGCAUGGGCCCCCCUACCAGCAGAGCCCGGGAGAACCAAUGUCCUGCUGGAUAGCUGUUUGGUGGUGGAGGCUGAUGUGGACCAGUGCCAGCUAGGCAGGACACAGCCACAGAUAGCAUCACUCCAGGAGCUGCCCGAGAAGGAGGAGGUGGAGGAGGUAGAGGAGGAGGCCACCAGCUCAGCAGUCCCCAGGGCCACACCUCUGUCUGCCACCUUCUGGACCCAAUACCAUGGCUAAACCAGGCCUGAAUAUGGAGCUGAAUCGCUUGGUCCAGGACCAGCCACCUGGCCAGGAGGGCCCCAGGCCCGGCCCCCCAAACCCGGCCGAGCACCUCCCCAAUGUGCCCAGCUAUCAUCCUACAAUCACCCGCAUUCCUGUCCUGGUUUCCCGGAGGACAGCCUUGUCCAACUCCAGCUUCGCCAAGGGGACCAGGAGCUCCAUCCGUCGCCUGGUACCAGCCACGAAAGAGCACCCAGAGGUCCAGGUAGAAGACACGGAUGCUGACAGUCGCCCCCUCAUCCCAGAGGAGAAGUUACCUUCACCAGAGAGACCACCACCCUCUCCUACCAAAUCUGACACCCUCAGGGUCCCCGGCUCCGAUGCAGCAGCCCUCAGGAAGAAGCUACCUUCUCAUGAGGAUGAAGCUGAAGAGCUCAAGGCACUGUCGCCGGCUGAGUCCCCAGUGGUUGCCUGGUCAGACCCCACCACCCCACAGGAGGCUGAUGGCCAGGACCGGGCAGCCUCCACAGCCAGCCAGAACAGUGCCAUCAUCAAUGACCGGCUCCAGGAGCUGGUGAAGCUCUUCAAGGAGCGGACGGAGAAGGUGAAGGAGAAGCUCAUUGACCCCGACGUCACCUCUGAUGAGGAGAGCCCCAAGCCCUCCCCAGCCAAGAAGGCUCCAGAGCCAGCCCCAGCCCAGAAGCCCGCGGAGGCAGAGGCAGCAGAGGAGGAACACUACUGUGACAUGCUCUGCUGCAAGUUCAAGCGCAGGCCCUGGAAGAUGUACCGGUUCCCCCAGAGCAUCGACCCACUGACCAACCUCAUGUACAUCCUGUGGCUGUUCUUCGUGGUGAUGGCCUGGAACUGGAACUGCUGGCUGAUUCCUGUGCGAUGGGCCUUCCCGUACCAGCAGCCAGACAACAUCCACUUCUGGCUGCUGAUGGAUUACCUGUGUGACUUCAUCUACCUCCUGGACAUCACCAUGUUCCAGAUGCGCCUGCAGUUUGUCAAAGGCGGGGACAUCAUUACAGACAAAAAGGAGAUGCGCAAUAACUAUCUGAAGUCUCGCCGGUUUAAGAUGGACCUGCUCUGCCUCAUGCCCCUGGACUUUCUCUACUUGAAACUCGGAGUGAACCCUCUCCUUCGCCUGCCCCGCUGCCUGAAGUACAUGGCCUUCUUCGAGUUUAAUAACCGCUUGGAAGCCAUCCUCAGCAAAGCCUACGUCUACAGGGUCAUCAGGACCACGGCCUACCUGCUCUACAGUUUGCACCUCAACUCCUGUCUUUACUACUGGGCAUCGGCCUUCCAGGGCAUCGGUUCCACUCACUGGGUUUACGACGGCGUGGGGAACAGUUACAUCCGAUGCUAUUACUGGGCUGUGAAAACUCUCAUCACCAUUGGAGGACUGCCUGACCCCCAGACACUCUUUGAAAUUGUCUUCCAGCUGUUGAAUUAUUUCACAGGUGUCUUCGCUUUCUCUGUGAUGAUUGGACAGAUGAGAGAUGUGGUGGGGGCCGCCACAGCGGGGCAGACCUACUACCGCAGCUGCAUGGACAGUACCGUGAAGUACAUGAACUUCUACAAGAUCCCCAGGUCUGUGCAGAACCGUGUCAAGACCUGGUAUGAGUACACCUGGCAUUCACAAGGCAUGCUGGAUGAGUCAGAGCUGAUGGUGCAGCUCCCAGAUAAGAUGAGACUGGACCUGGCCAUCGAUGUAAACUACGACAUUGUCAGCAAAGUGGCGCUCUUCCAGGGCUGUGACCGGCAAAUGAUCUUCGACAUGCUCAAGCGCCUUCGCUCGGUGGUCUACCUGCCCAAUGACUAUGUGUGCAAGAAGGGGGAGAUUGGCCGAGAGAUGUACAUCAUCCAGGCGGGGCAGGUGCAGGUGCUGGGCGGCCCGGAUGGCAAGGCUGUGCUGGUGACACUCAAAGCCGGAUCGGUGUUUGGAGAGAUAAGCUUGCUGGCCGUAGGGGGUGGGAACCGGCGCACGGCCAAUGUGGUGGCCCAUGGGUUCACCAACCUUUUCAUUCUGGACAAGAAGGACUUGAAUGAAAUUUUGGUGCAUUAUCCUGAAUCUCAGAAGUUACUCCGGAAGAAGGCCAGGCGCAUGCUGAGAAACAACAACAAGCCGAAGGAAGAGAAGAGUGUGCUCAUCCUGCCCCCACGGGCGGGCACCCCGAAGCUCUUCAAUGCCGCCCUCGCUGCAGCAGGAAAGAUGGGUGCCAGGGGGGCCAAGGGUGGCAAGCUCGCCCACCUGAGAGCCCGGCUCAAGGAGCUGGCCGCACUGGAGGCGGCGGCCCGGCAGCAGCAGCUGCUGGAGCAGGCCAAGAGCUCGCAGGAUGCUGGGGGAGAGGAGGGCUCCGGAGCCUCGGACCAACCUGCGUCCCAGAAACCACCAGAACCGGAGAAGCCCCAAGAGCCCCCAGCGCCCCAGGAGCCCCCGGCCCCGCGCUCUCCACCGCCGGCCCCGGCCCCGGCCCCGGCCCCGGGGGAGCCCGAGGGAGGCACAGGGGAGGAGGCAGCUGCGCCCUCGGAGCCCUCGGUGAGGAUCCACGUCAGCCCCGGCCCGGAUCCCGGGGAGCAGACGCUGUCGGUGGAGAUGCUGGAGGAGAAGAAAGAGGAGGCCGAGUGAGGGGCCUGCAGUGCCUCGUGAUCCCCAUGAUCCCCAUCCCGGGUGGGCGCCCUGCUGUGAAACCACCCGCCUGGACAAGCUUCUUAGCCCAAGGGCACCUCCUCACAGGCCUGUUGUGGAAACCCUCAAAUUUCAUCAAAUGGUGGUGGUGUUCUUGAUCCGUGGAGCACACAUACACACACAUACACACACACACACACACACACACACAGAGUUGCUAUUUUCAAGAAGAAAACCGCCUUGCACUUUUAAAGGGUUUUAGGAGGGCAUAGAAGAGGGCUCCGACAUCAGCAGAGCUCUACUAGAAAAGUCGAGGGUUGGUGAUAUGGCAGGGUCCCCACCAGAACCCACCCUUGGUCUAAGUGAUAGGGAAGAACUGGAGUAGGGGCGCACACCUGCAAACCCAGUACUGGGGAGGCUGAGGCAGGAGGAUUCUUGGUUCAAGGUCAGCCCGGGCUGCAUAGUGAGAAUCUGCCUCAAAACAAGCCAAUAGCAAAACAGCGUGGGAGUUCCCAAGUUCCUGUAAGCAUCUGGAUCCCAGAGCAGUAAACACAGUCGUCUUCGGUGACGGCAGAGCAGGGGAUUGGGUACUCUGCACACUGCGGGUAAUGAUGAUUGGCAUUUUUAUCUUACCCUUUCCAAGUUCUGCUUAUUUUAGUAGGUGAUGACAUUCAAAGUUCUCGGUGCUAUUCCUGGCACUCAUCCUCCCUGGCCACUCUGGAGCCCCAAGUGACAACUGUAGGAAAAAAAAAACAAAACUAGUCAGUACUUAGAGAAUAUGCUUGUAGCUAGGCGUAGUGGAGCACUAGAGGCUGAGGCAGGAGAAUCACAAGUUUGAAGUCAGCCAGGGAUACCUGACAAUAUCCUAUCUGAAAAAGAGGGGAAUGCACUGGUUCAUUGGUGAUGACUACGGUCCCCUGUUCAGAUGUGUGGUGACAUUUCAGCCACUGUUCAUCAGUGAGCAUUUGGGUUGUUUCCAGUCUCACAUUAUUAAGGAUAACAUCGCAGGGCGUUGAGAGGUCGCAGUGGGUAGAGGCCCUUGCCACCCACCAUGAAAGCUUGAUGACAUGAAUCUCAGAAACCCCUGCGAAGGGGAAAAGAAUCAGCCCCACAAAGUUGUCUUCUGACCUCCACACAUACCUGUGGUGCACACACACACACACACACACACACACACACACACACACACACACGCACAUUCGAGAGCUCACAGUAAUAAAAUUUGUCUUGUACAGAA